CGGGGAGACGCUGUUUGGUCUCUGUUGAUGUCAAAAAGUUACACAAGCCAGGGGUUGAUUUUACAACAGGACGGUUUCACAACUGUUAAUGAGGGUUCACCUCUCUACUGAUUUUUUUCCUCUCUGACCAAUCAGACAGAUGAAGUGAGAUAUUUAUCUUAUUACCGGGGGUGCAAGCAUCACACACAUUUAACACGCGUUAGUUAGAAAUCAUUAGACAGAGUCGUCCACGCCUUUUGGACAAUAACCGUGAAAGAAGCACGCUUUUUCUUGCGUUUUACGAGCCUCUUUAAAUGACCGCACAUGAUUGGGGAAACACCGGUCUGUUAAUGUGAGAGCCUCGGUCGUCGUUAACAAGAAGCCCCUAUCCAUCAGUGCGUCUGGGCCACCAUCGUGAAGCUCCGCCGCGUCUACACCGCUCACAUUGGGGACCAUCGUGGCCCGUGAAGACCCUCUACUCCUAAAACAAAUAUUUCAGUCAUGGAGCUGAGUUCUGUGGUUUUAACGACCGGGGGAGCCGCCGGGUUAUUCAAACUUGUCAAUGUGGGGAUCGGUAGGCUCCCCAUGCCUGAAUCCGCACGCAGGAACGCGUGGAAAUGGAGAAAUACCGCUACAUCGUUUGUGCACAGUCUGAUCACUGCGAUAUGGGGGUUGCUUUGCUUUUUCCGGCACCCAGAGAUGGCAGAGGAUUUGAUAGAAACCUUCUCUGUGUUUUCUCACGCUUUGGUAUCGUUUUCCAUCGGUUACUUCAUCUAUGACUUCAUUGACAUGGGGCUCAACCAGAAGCUGAAUAAGAACUGGGAGCUUCUCUUUCAUCACCUUGUGGUGAUAAACUGUUUCGGCCUCUCGGUGUUGUCUUAUCGCUACGUGGGCUUUUCCGUGGUGGCCCUGCUGGUGGAGGUAAACUCUGUGUUCCUCCACCUGAGACAAAUGCUGCGAAUGGCCAACAUCGCAACCGGCACGCUGUACCGGGUGAACAGCAUGAUAAACCUGGGCACAUAUGUGGUGUUCCGCAUCAACACGCUGGCCUGGAUGACCCGCUGGCUGGUGCUCAACAGGGACAAGGUGCCCCUAAUGGCGUAUACCCUAGGCAGCGUCGGUAUGGCCAUCAUGGUAGCCAUGAACAUUGUCCUAUUUUAUCGCCUACUCCGGAGCGACUUCUUGAAGAGCAGCACCAGAGAGAACAAGAAAGAGAAGGAGAUAUAGAGAAGGAAGAGGAAAAGGCACAAGAAGUAUUCAAUUCAUAAACACUCUUGUUCGUUACUGUACUUUAACGCCCUGCAGCUGAGAUUUGGUACUUGUGCUUGUGUGUGAUUUACUCAAAGCGAAGACAUGGAGGAAUCGUUCUAUCCGACAAACUGUACAGGUACAUGCAUACACGGUGUAAUCAAAUGGCCUUACAUGAACACAGAUCACACCAUGCCAUUAUGCUGAAAGCUACAUUCAGUUGUAGCACAACCUUCUGUAUUUAUCUGUGAUCCAGUCAUCCUUAAGUGCCAUUACUGGAGCACUAAUGGAGGAUGGAGGAUUCUUUAUGUGAACAAUGUAAGGCCUUGUAAAACCAAAGCGCCUUUUUGUACUCUAGGGUAUUUCAGCCAAACCUGUUCUGAAAUGUAGCUCAUGGAGACGCAGUAAAUCGAAACCUCCAACACUCACAUACUUCCAUAAAAAACAUAGGAACCUACUUCUAAAUAUCUUUAGUUAUAUUAUCUAAUAACAUUUUAUUCAUGAUAUUCUUACUAUUCUGUUGUGGGUUACUCACAAUAACAUCUUUUUACCACUGAUUUGGAAAAAAAUCAAUGGCAUCAAAACCUUCUUGUUGUUUAACACUCGCACUGCAGAGGUGACUAUAUCUUUUAAUUUCCACCGAAUCACCUCAACUAAAAACCGCCUGCUACCUCAAAGGGCUUGUAACACUUCUCUUGCCUCUUUCAAGCUUUGCUGUCAGCGUCUGGCAGCUUCUUUGUCACUAAAGAAGAACACUUUAAGAUAUUUGAAGAUUAGAGUUGACUGUAUAAGGAUACAAAAUCAGAAACCAAUCACUGACUUGAUGAGAAAAUAGGGUCACGGGGUGAAAAAAUAAAAUAGUAAAACUUAAAAGGGUUUCAGUAGAUUGGAUUGGACUUUUAUGACACAAUGAAAAAAAAGUGAUAUUUGGCCGCUAAACAAUUGUGGUGUUUUUUUGCUAUGCCAAAUUUUAGUUUAACAUCUGGGUAAAAGGAUUAUCCAAUGAUUGCAGGUUUUACAUUAAUAAUAGUUGUACCAUUUAGCUCUAUGUUGAAGCUUAGAUCUUGUUGGAAAAGCCAAUCAACCAGCAAGGUUGCUGUGCUUGUAGAUUUAAUUAAUUUCUGACUUGACUUGCUCAAAGUUAAAUCACAAUGGCAGGGAGACUUUCAGUCACUUGUUACCAAUAGCAUUAAUGAUUUCAUCGUUUUUUUCUUAUCGGAGUAGUAUGUGAUGGUUUUAAGAAUGCAGUAGGAGCUUUCAGACAGUAAGACAUUGUUGUUCUUCAUUUGGCCUCUGGAGGGCAGCACACACCUCAACAUCACCUCAGUGACAAACAAGAGCACCAUAGAUGUCUUAACUUGAGCUGCACCCCCUGCCUUUAAUUUGAAGUUGCCAAUAGAGUUUUUUGUCUGAGAUCUGUGAAUACAGCAAACUGUUAAACGCACAGCUGCUACAAACCUGUACACUCUUGAUGCCACUUCUGGUAAGGUUUUUUCUUUAGUUUUGUGUGUAUAUUCAUUAUUUUCUGGGUUGAGUUUUGUAUAUUUGUAAUUUAUUUGUGCUAAAAAAGAAAUUGUUAAUGAUAAAACAGACACAAUGUUAAAUGAAUCUUCCUGUUGUGAAAACAGUUGAUUAUAGUGGAACUGACAUGGUUGUGUAAGUCAUGUUUUUGCAGGGCAUUGUGCCACUCUGGGUCUUAAGUUUUCUUCUUCCCCAAGCUAGUAUUUUCAUAGUUAAUGGUCAUCUCAGCUGUAAAGAGUCCAUAAUUAAGCUCUGAAAUCAGGCUCUUAACAGACAUGAAUAUACUGUGCUCACUUGUAGUUAAAGAAACCAAUUACAAACAUAGUCAGCUGCUAGCACUUCAGUGUAGCGGAUGUAAAGCUCUGAACACAGUUCACAAAUUUAACUCUAUCUAAUAAAAUCAAGACAUCACUGCACUAAUGAAAUAGCACUGUUGGGAGGGUGUCGGUAAAGUUUAGAUUAUUGUUGUUGUGGCUGAUUCCUAAAUGUCUUUUUAGAACGGUAGGAUUUUUUUAUUGUAAAUGUUGAUUUGCAAUAUUCUUUCAAUUUUUGAAAUUAAUAGGGCAGCUUAACUUUGUGGUUGUAGUGAAGACAACUAGUGACAAUUGAAUUUUUUUCUGAAAAGCAAAAGCUUAUGUUUGUGAAUGUGUCGUAAACGGCGGUGAUGUUUUUGAGAUUAUGAUGUAUGAUUUGUUCUUUUUUGUUUCUGUAUGCUUUUUAGGAGUUGUGGUAAAACAUAGCAGCCAAGUCCAGAUCACUUCCACAUGUUAUAGUUAUGACAGUGAGGCAGAAAACAAGCUACUGUGCUGCUCUCCACAAUCCUUUUCUCUUAGCUACAUUUACAACUUGUGUUUUAAACUAUCAUUCUCCAAACAACAGAGGAAGAUGCUAAAUGGCUUAAUAAUUGUGGACUCAAGGAAAAGGAUUCCAGAUGUAAUUGCAGAGAAAAUCAGAGGUCAUGAACUUGUAUAUCCAAGCUGCUUCAUUUGCUCAUCAUACAUUCUAAAUGUUGGUGUUGACUUCACUGGAAUCAUUUUAAUAGCUCCUUUGUAACAUGGUGAAAAAAAAAACACCAAAGUCCUUUAUCACAGCAAACAAAUUCUAUUUUUACUUCCUCUGGUGUUGCUGAAAAAUACUGUUCAUUGAUAAUUAUUGAAACGUAUAACAACACAGACUGUUAACACUGUGCAGCUUGUCUGGGACAUAAAAGCCCCUCAUCAUGGGAAAAAACACGGAAUACCGAAGCCAACAAGAACAACCGAGGCUGUGAAACUAGUCCUCUGCUUUCUCUGAACAUCAAACUGUCAUGUUUCACAGGAUUGUGUCUUUAUACGUAAAUAUGACUUUUAUUUUUUCAUGUUUUGGCAGAGAUUGUUUGUAAUUAUAACUCCAAUUUCUAUGUUUAAAUGAUAACAUUAUUUGUUUAACGUGCAAAUAAAGAUUAAA